AUGGAGCCCCAAAGUUUCAUGUACGCUUGCAUGUUGGAUUACGUGUCGGAUUGUGUGUUGGAUUGCGUGUUGGAUUGCGUGUCGGAUUGCGUGUUGGAUUGCGUGUUGGAUUGCAUGUCGGAUUGCGUGUUGGAUUGCGUGUUGGAUUGCGUGUUGGAUUGCAUCGCGCGUUGGAUAGAUCGCGCGUUGGAUCGCACGUUGGAUUGCGCGUUGGAUCGCACGUUGGAUUGCGCGUUGGAUCGCGCGUUGGAUGGAUCGCGCGUUGGAUGGAUCGCGCGUUGGAUGGAUCGCGCGUGUUGGAUCGCGUGUGUUGGAUCGCGUGUUGGAUCGCAUGUUGGAUCGCAUGUUGGAUCGCGCGUUGGAUCGCGUGUUGGAUUGCUCGUUGGAUUGCGUGUUGGAUUAGGUGUGGAUUGCGUGUUGUAUUGCGUGUUGGAUUGCGUGUUGGAUCGCGAGUUGGAUCGCACGUUGGAUUGCGCGUUGGAUCGCACCUUGGAUUGCGCGUUGGAUCGCACGUUGGAUAGAUCGCGCGUUGGAUGGAUCGCGCGUUGGAUGGAUCGCGCGUUGGAUGGAUCGCGUGUGUUGGAUCGCGUGUGUUGGAUCGCGUGUUGGAUCACAUGUUCAGGCAUCAAGAUCAGCGUCAGCCUGGGUGGUGUCAGCAGUGAGCUGUGCGCGGCGCACGCCCCAGAAGGCGGGCGGGUUGAGGCCACGGCGCACAGCCGUGAAGCGCCACCCCACGUGCAUGCCGCAGCGCCCACAGUGCGCUAUGGUCCACGCGUACCUGCGCCAAUGCCGGAGGGUGGGGAGCGGUGGGGCGAUGCUGUGCUGUGUGAUGCUGUGCUGUGUGAUGCUGUGCUGUGUGAUGCUGUGCUGCGUGAUGCUGUGCUGUGUGAUGCUGUGCGGUGUGAUGCUGUGCUGUGUGAUGCUGUGCUGUGUGAUGCUGUGCUGUGUGAUGCUGUGCGGUGUGAUGCUGUGCGUUGUGAUGCUGUGCUGUGUGAUGCUGUGCUGUGUGAUGCUGUGCUGUGUGAUGCUGUGCGGUGUGAUGCUGUGCUGUGUGAUGCUGUGCGGUGUGAUGCUGUGCGGUGUGAUGCUGUGCUGUGUGAUGCUGUGCGUUGUGAUGCUGUCCGGUGUGAUGCUGUGCUGUGUGAUGCUGUGCGGUGUGAUGCUGUGCGGUGUGAUGCUGUGCGUUGUGAUGCUGUGCUGUGUGAUGCUGUGCUGUGUGAUGCUGUGCUGUGUGAUGCUGUGCUGCGUGAUGCUGUGCUGUGUGAUGCUGUGCGGUGUGAUGCUGUGCUGUGUGAUGCUGUGCUGUGUGAUGCUGUGCUGUGUGAUGCUGUGCUGUGUGAUGCUGUGCUGUGUGAUGCUGUGCGUUGUGAUGCUGUGCUGUGUGAUGCUGUGCUGUGUGAUGCUGUGCUGUGUGAUGCUGUGCGGUGUGAUGCUGUGCUGUGUGAUGCUGUGCGGUGUGAUGCUGUGCGGUGUGAUGCUGUGCUGUGUGAUGCUGUGCGUUGUGAUGCUGUGCGGUGUGAUGCUGUGCUGUGUGAUGCUGUGCUGUGUGAUGCUGUGCUGCGUGAUGCUGUGCUGUGUGAUGCUGUGCUGUGUGAUGCUGUGCGGUGUGAUGCUGUGCUGUGUGAUGCUGUGCGGUGUGAUGCUGUGCUGUGUGAUGCUGUGCGUUGUGAUGCUGUGCGGUGUGAUGCUGUGCUGUGUGAUGCUGUGCUGUGUGAUGCUGUGCUGCGUGAUGCUGUGCUGUGUGAUGCUGUGCUGCGUGAUGCUGUGUGUUGUGAUGCUGUGCGGUGUGAUGCUGUGCUGUGUGAUGCUGUGCGGUGUGAUGCUGUGCUGUGUGAUGCUGUGCGGUGUGAUGCUGUGCUGUGUGAUGCUGUGCUGUGUGAUGCUGUGCUGUGUGAUGCUGUGCUGUGUGAUGCUGUGCUGUGUGAUGCUGUGCGGUGUGAUGCUGCGUGA